AUGGACGACUUCUCGGAUGAGGAUUUCGACCAAUUGAAUGACAUUGCUCUCCAAGAGCUCGAGAACAAUGCCAUUCAAUUUACGCAGGCACAGCGCAAGCCCGACGACUCCCAGACUGCCGAUGUGUCGAUUACCGAAAACUACGACGACCUCGAGUUCGAAGAUGACGACCUCGACGAUACCGAAGUCACCAACGAACUUCUACCACCCGUCGCUCGUCCCGUGCCCGAGAAGACAGUCCCCCAGCACCAACACCAACCACAUCUUGCCCGCCGUCCCUCAGUCCAACUCUCGCAACGAUGGAAUCCUCCUCCUGCUCCCACGAACCAGCCCGUACUCUCCAAUCGACCACGAUAUCCGCCGCCAGUACCGUCAUUCGUCCCCCCGGUAGCCUCUCAGCGUUUUCCUGCUCCCUCCCAGCGCUUCGCUGCCCCUGCCAGACCCCCGUAUCGCCCUCCGCCUACACAGUACGGCCGACCUCCUCCUCCCGCUUCGACUCGCUACAACCCACCACAAUCCCAGUCACAAUCAGCCGCCGCUGGGACCGGAAACAAUGUCAUCUCCGCUCUGCAGCAACGCCUCAAAACUCUCGAGGCAGAACUCAACGCCGCACGCGGUGAGGCCACCAUCAUCCGCUCCAAUUCGACAAAGGCCCAACAAGAUCACGCCGCCGAGAUCACACGUCUGAAGAAGCAAAAUGCAGAACAGGCCGCCAAGCAGGAGAGGGCCGUCGAAGCCGCCAUCGCCGCCGAAAGGCAGGCUACCACCGAGUUGCAGUUCCUGCAGCGCGACAUGAAAGAUGCGGCAAGCAGGCCGCGGAGAAAGGAUACGACACAGGGAGCGGCUGCGCCAGGGACCACCACCCCAAAGAAGACGACCAAGACUUGGGGCAUGGCCGACGGCUUCGACGACAUGGACAUCGCACCAAGCCCUACCAAGACGAGGGGGAAGACGAGGGAUGCCGGGCCGGUUGCUGUUCCCAUCUCAGAACGGACGCCAACCAAAGGGAAGCGCAAACGGCAAGCCGUUGACAGCCCUGUCAUGGCCCUAGACCUAGAGACCCAUGCGGAGGAUGUGGCCAUGGCCGACGAUCCCGCCGUUGCGCCCUUGCCCGUCCAAUACUCGGUUGCGGGGCCAAAUGUGCUCCCGUUCGAGUUCCUCCAAGUCAUCCUAGACCAUGGCUCGAUGCAUGGGGAUCCGCCAACGUUCGAUAUCCUGUCUCGCUACACGUUUCCCUCGGAUCCGUCGACAUCUUUCGCUUCCUACAUAUUCCGCGAAUUGCCUCUGAUGGGUAACCCUCUAAACCCGGUCCAGCUGCUGGUCGACUUCGCCCGCCUCAUCAUCCGCAUGUGGACUCAGUGCUUGACUGAAACUUACCUACGGCCGGUUUGGGACCUCACCUCCCUACUCUCCUUCACCAUUCAGCUGCAAACUAUGUCUGUGGUACCUCAGGUUCUGAGCGAGUUGGUACCCGCUGCACAGAGCUCCGUCUAUAUGGUUGCUGAGGCGCGGUUUCGGAGUAUCGAUGGUUCGGAUUCCGCCACAGAGGCUCUUGAGCAAAACAUCGACACCACCUACAUCUUAUCACUGCUAUACGCGUCCGCCGCUGUUUGCGCCACCACCGUGACGGAAACUGAAAACGGCGCGCAGACUAGGCAGGCCGAAUUCUGGCAAUUGAUUACCGUCGACCUGGUUCUCGCAUUGCUGACCCCGAAGCAGCGGCUGGAGGAUAUCCUGGCCAUGCUCGAUAUGCUUUGCACCUCAACCCUUCCCGAUUCGAUCGGUCCCAUUGUCCCCGGAAAAGAGCCCGAGUUGGUGGCUCGAAUGAUCAUCGACAAGGUGUCUCUGAACCUCGUCGACCUCCCACUGACAGCCGUUACCACCAGCGAAAAGCACGCCGUAAGAUUCGCCGUCAUGCGAACGCUCACUGCAUUUGCACGAUCUCCUUUCGCAGCACGGCAGAUUGCGGGCCACGUCAGUGUCGUUCCCCGUUUGGUCACGGCGCUAAACGAGCUCAUCAACGUCCUGUAUGAUAUUUCGGAUCCCGUGGCAGAUCUCGGCGGUGGCGGCUCUUCCUCCUCGCGCAAGGACGGGGCCGUGGACGCUACCCCGGAUGAUCUCCGCGAUGGUGCCGACGACUGGGACGACGGUCGCAUUGGUCCGUCCUUGCUGAUAUCGCAAAUCAUUCUCCUGCUGCACUCGUUGGCGACCGACCCCAACACGGCUAAUAUUGUGAAUAUUCUCCAGAAGUUGUCCGUGACACACGGUGGCCCGCAACGAUACCUGCUGUCCCUUUCACGACUCAACUUCGCCGAGGAAGACUUGGUCUACGAGGCCGUCAUUGACGCGGACACGGUGGACAGAGCUCACGAGUUACUAGAGCUUAGCAUCACUCCGGACGAAGGCGAUAGCGUAGCAGAAUCAUUUGGGGUGUGA